GAAUGGACACUCUUCUAGUUUGAUCGCGGGUGACAUCUGGAUCUUCGGCGGUUGGGAUGACUCCAGCGGCCUCAACGAUAUGUGGAAGUACAGCAUCCAGGGCGGGAGCUGGACCCGUCUUCCGAGAUCCGGAUCCUGGCCUUCAUCUCGCGGCGGGCACUCCGUUGUCGCGGAUGCCGCUGGGAGGCAGCUCUUUCUCUUCGGCGGGCUCGCUGAUGAUGACGGCGAGAUCUUCAACGACUUGUGGAAGUUCCAGAUCAAGGAUUUGACGUGGAGUCAGCUCGAACUGAUGCAGCCUGUCCCUCCAGCCCGAUCCGGUCAUUCUGCAGUCCUGGAUUCUACGAGCAAGAUGUGGAUCUUUGGAGGGUCCGCUACCUGGAGCUGGUGGGAAGUACUGGACGAUCUGUGGAGUUGCGAUGUGCAGGGCGAG